AAACGAAUCUGGACUUCACAUUGAACUAGCUGGGGGCCAGGUGUAACAAGAAGCUCGGAAACAUACGGAUAAAAGAGGAAACGAAACGACUCCAAUUUGUUGUUUGCUUUCGUUUGGUAUUGUUAUAUCUUGUCUUCUUCAACAAACCAUUUAAUUUUUCCGAAAAAUUCAGAUCGAGAAGAUAUUGAAACAUGGCGGAAGGGUUGCUAACGAGUUCGUUUAUUAUGAAAAGUGGAGUCUCCAUUCACAGCUUUCACAGUGAGCCGCUUCUGCCAGAUGAGCCUUCAGGCCCGGUUACUCAUAAGCUUAUUUUCAGCAGCUUGGUCUCCGUUUGCGGCUCUUACGUUUAUGGACAUGCUGUGGGAUAUUCAUCGCCGGCCGAGUCCGGAAUCAUCGACGACCUGGGCUUAACCACGGAACAGUAUGCUGUUUUCGGCUCAAUAUUGACAAUAGGAGCAAUGUUAGGAGCAGUGAUAAGUGGGAGAAUUGCAGAUUUCAUUGGCCGAAGAUGGGCAAUGGGAAUUUCAGAAUUGAUCUCCAUGGCUGGUUGGGUUUUAAUGAUAUUUGCCAAGGAUGCGACAUGGCUAGACUUGGGAAGAUUUAUAUUGGGAUGUGGAAUUGGACUAAUUUCUUAUUGCGUUCCCAUAUAUAUUGCAGAAAUUUCUCCUAAGCAUGUUAGGGGAGCUUUUACAGCGCUAAAUCCGUUGUUUAUGGGUUUAGGCCAAUCUUUGGCCUUUCUUUUCGGUUCGCUUGUCAACUGGCAAAUCUUGGCUUUUAUAGGAAUUGUUCCAGGACUAAUACAGCUUCCUUGCCUAUUCUUCAUUCCAGAGUCUCCCAGAUGGCUGGCAAAUGUAGGUAAAAUGAAACAGUUUGAAGAUUCUCUGCAGCAGCUGAGGGGACGGGAUACUGAUGUUGGGCCAGAAGCAGCUGAAAUCCAACAAUAUACAGAAUAUCUAAAUCAGAUGUCAGGUGGAUUUCUCAACAUGUUCCAACGAAAAUAUCUUUAUACACUCGUUGUUGGGGUUGGCUUGAUUGUAUUCCAACGAUUUGGGGGAGUUUAUGGUUUUUUGUUCUAUGCAAGCACCAUUUUUGAGGAUGCUGGCUUUCCGAGCAGGAUUGGUACUAUAGCAGCAUCUAUUGUUCAGAUUAUAACAACUGUUUUGGGACUUCUCUUGAUAGAUAGGGCUGGAAGACGACCCAUGUUAUUGAUUUCUACAUCAGGAUCUUGCUUGGGUUGUAUCAUUACAGGAUUGGCAUUUCUAUUAAAGGACCUUGGCUCUGCCACGGAGCUCACAGCCUCUUUGGCCUUUAUAGGUGUAUUGGUUUAUUUGGGACUUCUUCAACUUGGUCUGGGAGGAAUACCCUGGAUUAUAAUGUCAGAGAUUUUUCCUAUAAACAUAAAGGGUCCAGCCGGCAGCCUUGUUAUCCUUGUCAGUUGGAUCGGAUCCUGGGUUGUUUCCUACACUUUCAGCUAUUUAUUUGAUUGGAGCCAAUCAGGAAUAUUUUUCAUAUAUGGUGUCAUAUGCGCUCUUGGUGUUGUAUUCAUUGCAAAGCUGGUGCCAGAAACCAAGGGUCGGACAUUAGAAGAAAUACAAGAAUCAAUGAUGAAUGAUAGCCAUUAAGAAGAAUUAACCAAUAGUUAACACAUGAUACAACAGCACAUUGGAGAUCAUUUGGAGACAUUGAUGGUAAAAAAAAGAGGCUCGUAGAAUUAUGAAUGAUUUUUGUUUUAAGGGUAUUCUUUAUUUGGGUGAGGUGGUUUACUCUUUGGACUAUAAAUCCUGCAUUCUCAUUUGUUCUGCUGAUCAACUGCAGUUAAUGUGAUCACAUUAAUAAAACCAGUUUUCAGCUUUGGUUUAA